ACAUGCUUUGACGGAAUACGUGUGGAUUCGCCGAUUUUGGCUAACAUGAAUUUCGCAAAUACAAACACGUUAUGUACAUCAUCUAUGAUUUGAUCAGAAGAAUCUGUCAUCUAAAGCGACUUAAAAUUGCGCCCAGACGUUAACGAGCGCGAAAAAACGAUAGAGGUAAUUUUUCCUUAGUGAACGUGACUGUCGCGUGAGUUAGUUUGCGUCAGUUCAGUACAUGUUGCCCAUCAAAUAUUCCCCAUGAACCAUUGACGUCAGUCAUUAAGGAAGAACAAUUGUCCUGUUUCCGAAUUUUUAAUAUCACCUUGUUUGAAAUGGCUAUAAAAUGGGAAAAAUGUCGGCAAAAGGGACAACAUUAGCUUGAAGACUCUAGAAAACAGAAAGCACUGAAGACAUACCUGAGAAGUAAUCUUAACUUCUAGGAGCAACCUUUAAGACAAUGGCUCUCCAGUUUGGAAGAACUUUAGACAACACAAGGAAACUCAAGAACUCUCAGAAAGCUCCUCGUGUGUUAAUUAUUGGAGGCGGAGUUGUUGGAAUGACCAGUGCUCUGCAGUUGUUGAAUAAAGGGUACAAAGUGACAGUUUUAGCAAAGGAGUACGCCUCCCCUGUCUCCUCUGGUAAACGCAUCACUUCUGAGAUCGCUGGCGCUCUAUGGGAGUGGCCUCCAGCGGUCUGUGGGCGACACACAAAUGAAAAGUCACUGGAGAGAGCCAAGGCUUGGUGCAUGGAUGGCUAUGCCAAGUUCAUGGAGUUGGCUAUGAACUCGAAGGAAACUGGAGCUUUCCUCAGACAAUCUAUAUUCUACUUUAAGGACAAGGUGAAUAAUCUGCCUCAACAGUUAGAAAAGAUGAAUGAGCUCAAUCAUUUGCCAGGAUUUCGCCAUGACGCCAAACUCAUCGAUGAAACUGGUAAACUUGAUUAUCCACCAAUCAGAAAGAUGUUUGAGAAAGUAAAGGAGUUCUAUCCACCCCUCCGUAACUAUGGAGACGAUGAUGUAGAGGAAGUGUUGGUAGGCCUGCGUCCUGCUCGUCAUGGUAACGUUCGUCUGGAGUGGGAUCCUGUGUGUCCUUCUCUUCUGCACAACUAUGGACAUGGGGGCUCAGGUGUGACUUUCUCAUGGGGCUGUGCUAUUGAAGCCAGUGCUAUGGUGGAUCGUGUUUUUAAAAGGCCACAGAUUUAUCUUUCAAAGCUUUGAACCUUUUUUCAUCUUUUUC